CGUGUGCGGUAGGAUGUGCGCAGGUUCGGUCGUGGCUGGGGCGCUGGCCGCCGUCGUCGUCGCCGCGACGCUGGUCGGCGGCUCCCCGGACGUAAUCAACAUCGAACCUCACCUGUUCAAGUCCCUGGCCGACAAGCUGGGCGCCGAGCUGUGGGAGGUGGGCAGCUACGUGUCGCGCCGCCAGGAGAUCCAGGAUAGCUACAACAAGGAGAGUGGUGAGGUGCGAGCAGUGGAUGGUGAGAAACUGCUGGAGAAAAUUGCUGACAACAUACGCAACAUGACUGAAUCCAAGAUCAGCGCUAUAAAGCGAAUAAUGGACACGGCAGAGAACACUGCUAUGGCUCACCAGGAUGAUGAAGUUACUGAGUUCCCUUAUUACAAUGCCAAGAACCUUAGCAAGCCCCUCAAGCCCAAUGACACUCUCCCAGAAGGAUUCAGAGUGCUAAACUUGACGCAGAAUAAACAUUUCUACAACAUGGAAGUCAACACUUCAUUCAGUGCUGUCCACGUUCCAACCAAUGUGUAUGAUAAAGCACCAGAUUUACUGAGAGCUGUGAAGUGGUCUGACAAAUUGGACUCUAUUUUCAUCAGCAAUUAUCAGAUGGAUCCGUCACUGUCAUGGCAGUACUUCGGCAGUUCCCUUGGCUUCAUGAGGCUCUAUCCAGCUGUGAAAUGGACACCAAAGCCUGCCGAAUUGGAAGUAGAUCUUUAUGACUGCCGUACAAGGCAAUGGUACAUAGAAGCUGCUGCAAGUCCAAAAGACAUUGUUAUUCUGGUCGACAGCUCAGGCUCAAUGACAGGCGUUCGGCGUGAGAUUGCUCGGCAGGUUGUCACAGACAUCCUGGACACCUUAGGCAUUAAUGACUAUGUUAAUGUAUUCAACUUCUCAGAACAUAUCACUGAAGUGGUUCCAUGCUAUUCAAAUCACUUGGUACAGGCAACUUUACACAACAUCAGGGAACUGAAACGUGGUAUGGAGGAAUUACACACUGACAAGAUUGCAAAUUUCUCUGCAGUCCUGAUGCAUGCUUUUGAGUUACUGCAAUCUUAUCGUGAGAGCACAUCAGGAGCCCAUUGCAAUCAGGCGAUAAUGCUAAUAACAGAUGGUGCACCUUACAACUACAAGGACAUAUUUGAAAUGUAUAACUGGCACAAACAGCCUGAUGGUGAGGUUCAGAUACCAGUUCGAGUCUUUACGUAUUUAAUUGGUCGUGAAGUGGCAGAUGUUCGUGAGGUCAACUGGAUGGCAUGUGCUAAUAAAGGUUACUAUCAACACCUCAGCACACUUGCUGAAGUCCGCGAGAAAGUCCUCAUGUAUAUACAAGUCAUGGCUCGGCCGCUAGUACUGGGACGAACUGUUCACCCAACGGUCUGGACUCCUGUGUAUGCCGACGUUACAGACCCAAAAACAACUGACUGGCUUUGGGAAAAGAGGGAAUGUAGAAAGCAGAAAGAGAUAUUCUUAGCCUCUAGAGAAUACAAUUCAAAUAAAAGUGAAGAGCACCUACGACAAUAUGUGGAGAGCUUAAAAAGGGUUACAGAUGAAAAUGCAGAUGAAACUUCCUACCAACUUAUGACAUCUGUUGCAGUGCCUGUUUAUGAUCGGAGGGAAAAUGCAACAAAGAUAGCAGAUCUACUGGGAGUUGCUGGAACUGACGUGCCAAUUCAGGAAAUAAAAGACCUCAUGUUGCCUCACUUGUUGGGAGUAAAUGCAUAUGCUUUCAUGGUAACCAACAAUGGCCACAUACUUACGCAUCCAGAUCACCGUCCAGCAUUCCAGGGCAUCCUGAAACCAAACUACAAUAGUGUUGACAUGACAGAAGUUGAACUUGAGAAUACUGACCGAGAGGCACGUGAUUUCAGUCCAAAGAUGCUGAAGCUCCGUGAGAACAUUAUAAAUCGAAAGAAAGGAAGUGAGGUGCUUAGUGUGAAGUACCAUUAUGAUGACAUGAAACGAGCAUCAGUGGACAGGAGGCAUUACCACUACUGUCCCAUAGAGAAUACACCAUUCUCCCUCGUUGUGGCCAUUCCUGAAAAGCAGAAAGUGCUCAUUGCCCAGAAGGAGUUACGUCGUGCAUGGUCUAUUGGCGAACGUGUAAGAAAAUAUUUUAGUGGGAAUAAUUGGAAACUUCAUCCGAACUGGGCUUACUGUAGGUACCACUAUGAAACAGAGCACACAAUGAGUUCUCCUGAGGAGCAGUUCAUGCACUUUCUGAAUCGCACUCAAGGAAAAUGGCAGUGGUUAGAUAAACGGACCGUGACUCCGCCGGAGCAUGUUGCAUCACCUAACACACCAGCAGGAAAAACAGACAAACUCGCCAAGGAUUCAUAUUACUGUGACAGGGAUUUAUUCCAGGCUCUUGUUUUUGACGCCAUAGCAACAGAAUCUUUUCAGCAGAAUCUGAGCAGUUUGCACAAGGAUGACAAGGGGAAAAAACAUGGACAUUACCAGAGAAGGAAGCAGUUCCAACAACGAUUUGGAGUGACGCUGGCAUUUGUGGCAACUCGCAGUGGCUUGACUCGGUGGGAUGAUAUUGUGGGGCCUCAAGAUUCUUCACAACCGCACUUCAGUGAAAUACAUAAUCAUGCUAUAGAUGAGGUGUGGUAUAAAAGAGCAGUUGAACAUCACUAUGAAAAUAGCAAGAGUUUUGUCUACUCUGUACCAUUUGAUGCAGGUGAGAAGAAUGGAAGCCUGGUGACAGCCAGUCAUGCCAUAUUCCACUCAAAGGAUCGUCUCAGUGCCCCAGCUGCAGUUGUUGGCUUUCAGUUCCAGCACUCAGCUCUUUCAACAUUGUUCAGGAAUAUAACAUACAGUUGUCUAGAUGUUCUACCAAACUGCACUAGAAACAGAACAUGUGCAUCAGACAUUUUGGAAUGCUACCUCCUGGAUAACAACGGAUAUGUCGUCGUUUCUGAAAAUCACAGAGACACGGGAAAGUUUUUUGGUGAAGUCCGACAUUCAGUUAUGAAUCAGCUGAUAGAGCAGAAUGUGUUCCAAAGUAUACACAUUUUUGACUAUCAAGCUGUGUGUUUCAGACCAAAGUCAACAGAUAAUGCAGCAUCAUUUCGCAUCACACCCUUGACACACUUUUUAAAGCUGCUAGACUGGUUGAUUGGAAAUGUUGUGUGGUUAGCAGCUCAUACAAACUUACAUCUCAUGUGGCUGCAAGAUGAUGUGGCUGCUACAGCUAUUUCUGGGGCAUCUUCACAGCCUGAUCCAGGAGAUGAAGAGUAUAGAGAUGAAGAUAAUGAAGAGGAAAACAUUGUGUCAUCUGAAGGUGGGAAAACACCUGAAAAGCAGUAUGAAAAGUGGACUAUCAAACGAACACGUCCACAACCUUGCGACAUGGAGGUGACAUUAUAUAAACUAAAUAGGUCGCUUCCACGAAUUUCACAUAGUAUCACCAGUAAGUGUGCAAGACCUUUUGAUAUCCAAGAAGUUCAGUUGAGUAAUCUGGUGCUGGUGGUUGUGAACUCACUAUGCGUAACAGACGACAGUACUCGUAUCAGUACAAUGCCAGUGGAGGUAUCAUACAAUACGACGCUAGCAUGCUACAAAGAGUGGCACGCACUGCACAGGCGGAGGCCUCCUUUUUGCAUAAACAACCAUACGCAGGAGAAAGAAGUUGAACUGUGUGGAGAUGCAAGCCACCUUUGGGUUUCGUAUGUGAUGCUUGCUUUAAGCUGGGCAGUUGCUGGCUUUAUCUCGUAAUAUGGGAAAUAACAGAGAAGUAACUUAUUGUCUGUGAUAUUUUGACUGGUGCAGAAUCUCCAGUAUGUAUUUCAAUGCUACACUCAGCAUUUUACAUGUUCAGGAGCUCAAUGUAUACAUACAUAUUUCACAUUUAACUUGCAUCUAUACUAUUUCUGAUGCAUUAUUAGUACUAAAUUUAAUACCAAAAUUUAUUUAUGUUGCAAAUGUAUCUUCCGAACUGUUAACACUUAAUUAUGUUAUUGGCUAUAUUUUGUUAUGUGAACAAUUGAUUGAAUUUGUGGUGAGAAUUUUUAUAUCAGUUUUUGAAAUGUAACUAUUUAUGAAAUAAAACAUGUAAUAUAUCUUGUUGUCAUGUGUACAAGCACAGAAAAUAUACUCAACUUUGUAAUUUGAACAUGAGGGUGUUCAAAAACAGUGCAAGACUACAAAUAUUUUUCUCAGAUAAAUCAUUUUUCAAAACUGACACGCAGUAAUGGUGUGGUGCCAGGUGAAGAUUAUUGAAACUACUUGACUUGUACUGUUGCUUUCCCUCACUUUUUAUGAUGUGAUGUAAAAUUGUGGUUGCCAAUGGUCCAUAGACAGAAAAUAUUUGACUGUCAUUCAUGAACCUCCAGAUUACUGUUCUUAUCAUGCCAACAGCCAGUAAUUUUAGGGUAUUCAAUAAAUCUAAAAAUACUU